AGACAUAGAGGAGAAGGGCGAAAGGGAAGAAGUUGCAGACGUGAAGAGUCACCGUCUAUCUGGAACGCGGGGGACGCAAGGAGAAUCGCUGCUUUCAUUUCUUUAGGAUUGGUGGCAACAAUGGGACCUGCCAGACAGGAUCAGGUUAAAUCAUCCAUACAAUCUCUGACAACAAAUAAAUCAGCCAUCCAGGAAAUGGAAGAGCAACAGAAGCAGAAGAUUACCCAAGUCCGGGAGCAGUCACAAAGCCUCAAGUCGCGCGUCACAUCUCAGUUUGCUGAACUGCACCAGAUUCUCGUGAAGAAAGAGCAGCGCAUUCUCGGAGAGAUCAAGGAGGAUGAAGAGAAGAUUCUAAGUCCAAUGGAGAAAAAUCUUCAAGACAUUCAAGAGAAUUUAAACUCUAUUGAGGAAAAACUCUCAAAUCUGAAGGGGCGAAUGAAACAAACAGACAUCGUGUUAUUUCUGAAGGAGGAAGCUGUUCGCAAGAGGAGAAUUAGUGAUGAAGAACACACAUUGUCACUGAGAGAUGGUGCCAUACUGGAUGAAAAAUUCGAUCACCCCUACUGGUUGAACGCAGUGUUGAAAGAUAUCGUUGUUGCCAAUCACCAAGUCCACCAACACAAGCAACAUCCCGAUUAA